AUGCACGAGAAAGAGCAGAGCUCGCCAUGGCUGGCCAUCAAGUUUGGAUGCUGUGCAUCCAAGGAGGAUGUUAUUGAUGAAUCGAGGGAUGAUAUAAGAGGCAUUGAAGAAACCGACAUGCGCAUCUGCUAUGAGCAGCCUCGUGCUGUGCCCCAGCCCUGUGCUGAGCCAAUACAUGCGCGUCCAUCAACAAGUCAGUCGGUCAGCCGACACGUCUCACAAUGGGUGUCAAACAGUCGUGAUUAUGCCACACGUGCCUCGUCUCGCACCAGCAUCUCCACCCUCGCACGACCUAGUCGCUCGCGAGCCCGCCCUAGUAUCAGCCGUCCCACUAACUUUCGACACUUUGACGGCCUUGAUGACUUCCCCUCGAUGCUCGACGAUGCAUCCAUGCCCGUCCGUCGUCGUCGGAGCUUUCGUCCUCUCGAGCUCUCCAUCUACCUACCCAAUGGCUGUGGUCGUCUCUCUCCGUUGCCAGACUUUGGCGAUGAAGAGUACUGGUCCAAUUUGCCGUCACAGCUCUCCCGUCCUCAGGAAGCCCAUGUCCGUGUAAGGGACUCGCGUACGAGUUCUGUGUCCUCGGAGCCUUCUUCGUCUUCCUAUCUUGUCCAACGCAAACCUGUUCGUACCAACUCCGGACGCACCAGUGUGCAGAGUCAACACAGCACUGUCACACAUGAAAGGAGAUUGUCUGGAACUACCAUGGGCACCAUGGCCACGCCUACACUUGCGUUUCUACCUGAAGAUUCACCUCUUCCAGAGAACCAAGUAACCGAUAAGCCCUCCAUCCGUCGUUCACGCACUUCCGGUACAUUAUCACCAGCACGCGUCCUCUCACGCCUACCCUCCCCAUCUCGUGCUCGUGCCAACACCGCGCCCUCCCGUCCUGGGAGCAUCCGGCGCACAAAAACCGACGUCGACGAUGCCAUCCGCGAACUCAACACCAUCGUCGAAGAACGCCGCGCAAGCGCCUACCGCUCCCAAACCCAAACUCCAUCCUUGAUCAACCGCCCUCCGCCCUCCCCCUCCCACCACGUCCCCUACCUCGCCCCCUCAAUGCGCAUGCAUGUGCGCUCUGAGACGCUGUCUGAUAUCGGCUCCGCCUUCUCGGCACCUCUGAGUUCCAAGGCUCUCCCCUGCACCCCGGAACCUGCCCGCCGAACCACCUUGGGUCUCAGCCUCGCGGUUCCCCCGCGCCUUCACACUGGCCCUCUGACUUCAAACCCUCCCACCCCGCCUCCAGCCGCAACACCCACAACCCCCAUUGCCCGGCUGGGCGCUUGGCUCAAACGCUCCACCUCGUCUCUCGCCUCAAGCGCAACAUCCCUACCCACAACACCCAAGACAGUAGCCUCUUUCUACAAGUGCGAACCUUCUAGUCGUCCCGGUCUCCCAUCAUCUUCUGCUUCCUCCAACCUCUCAGACCGCACCCUCCACACCCGUCAAGAAUCCCACGGAAGCACCUCCACCACCACCCGCCCCGAAUCCCCCAUCUCAAGCAUCGCCACCACCUCUCCGCCCCGCAAACUCCGCCGCGUCCCCGCUCCCUUAAUCCUCGUCGAAGACAAAGAAAUCCAAAUCGAAAAAGUUGUCCUUACGCCUGGUACGGCGAGUACGCGGGCUGGCAGAGGUUGGAAUCCCACCCCGCCUAUGAGUCCGAAUAGGGAUUUACUUAAAGGAAUGGAGAUUGUGGCAAAGGAUGUUAGUGCGGGCGGGAGGUGGAGUCGGCGCAGCUUUUUGAGGAGGGAGGGGGCUGUUGGUGUGGCUUUUUAG